CAAAGGUCUUGAGGCUCCUGAAUCUACCUACUCAGAUGCUCUUUUUCGUUUUGCUAAUUAUCCUCGUUUUGGUUUGUUCCCUACUAUCCCACCAUUUCUUGUCUCCUCAAACCCCGCGCCUUAAUCGCCUUCUCAAACGGCCUUUAAAAGGCUCGUCGGUUAUAGAAUGAGUCGUCACGAGGAACGUAGACGCUCGUCUGUCUUGAAAUUGUCUGCGAAUCCUUUGGUCGUUCGCGAGACAAGCAUAUCGGCCGCACUCGGGAGCCAGACAAAAAAUGUGUUCGGGUUGAAAACCAGAGAUGUUGAAGGUCAAGAAAACUAUCUCCCGGUCGAGGGGCUAGACUAUACCGGACUCCCCGAGUUCCAGAGGCACACGGAAACUACGAAUAUCGAGCUCUUCUAUGACCUCUUCUUCGUUGCGAACCUCACCACCUUCUCUGGUAUUCACGAGAUCAACGAUCGGAAAACGCUCACUUCAUACAUCGGCUUCUUCUGUGUUCUGUGGUUCACUUGGUGUCAAGUCAGUUUGUUCGAUGUCAGAUUUGUUGCAGACAGUGUUCUCGAGCGGGCGGCCAAAGGCGUGCAUCUUGGGGUAAUGGUUGGAUUGGCGAUCGUUGCGCCAAAUUUUCAGCCAGAGGAUCAACAGAAGCAAGUCUUCCAAACAAUGUCCUUAAUUUUGAUGGUAUCGAGGAUAGUGCUAGGACUUCAGUACCUCCUUGUUAUGUGGCACGUUAGGAAAUAUCAGAACACCAAAGUCCCGUUCCUUCUGAUUGCGGCGUCAAACUUUGUUGCAGCAGCAGUCUAUCUAGGAGUCACGUUUGCUUUCGGAGAUAAAAAUAGUACAGCUUAUCGAAGCUUCUACGUGAUUGCUAUUUUUGAAAUCGCUACAAAUAUUAUGGUUUCGUCCAACUGGAAGGCUGUCACAUUCAAAGGCACACACCUGGUGCAGCGAAUGAGCUUGCUCACACUCAUUAUUCUCGGCGAAGGCGUCAUGACCACUGUGCAAAAGAUAACCACGAUCGUCUACAAUGAGCAUGCGUGGGAUGGUCCAACUAUUGGAACCAUCAUUGCCGCUAUAUCCAUCGUUUACCUUCUCUACAUGCUCUACUUCGAUGCCCUGCCCGACUACCACUUUGGCUCCAUUCGCCAACAGUUCUGGGCAUUCCUCCACUUCCCAUUCCAUCUAUUCCUAGUUUUGUUGGUGGAAGGAAUAGCCCAAUUCGUAAUCUGGUUCAAAAUGAACGAAGUAGCUACUUCAUUACUCGUCUUCCUCGACAUCCCCGAGAUUCAGGACGGCCUCGAAACCAACAACUGGGGCGCGUUAGCUUCCGCAAUCAACGACACCGUACAACAGAUUUUUGAUUCCUACCCCCCAACUGACUUCAACACCUACGAGAUGAUCAACAGCUCUCUAACCACCCUGCAAGAGAGUACAACUAAACAACAAGCUGAAGACACCCUCCUCGAGCUCAUCUAUGGCGUCAUCCACUCCAUUUACCAAACCUACGGGUUUGCAGCCCCCGAGUCAAACGCUGGGAGUACAACUCUAACCGCCGCGGACGAGCUGCAAAACGAUUACAACGUCAUUGGGCUCGUGUUCGUAUAUUUCUUUGUCGCUGCGGGACUGACCUUGAUGUUGAUGGGCGUGUUAAACUUGUUGACUCUGCCAAGAAGCUGCUUCAGUAAACAAGGACUGAGGAGCCCAGGAUUAUGGGCGAGGCACGGGAUUUUCUUUGUCGUGGGGGCUGCAAUUGCGGGGUUGGCGGGGCUGAUCAACGGGGAAGCGGGGUAUAAUUUGAGUAUCAGUCCUUGGUUGUUGCCCGUUGUUGUAUUGGGGCUUGUUAUUGUAUUGGUGGCACAGUAUGUUCGGUGGCCUCAAAAGACGCUAACGGGUGAGGGAAAGGAAUGAAGUUGCUCAAGCACCGCAGUUUUGUAGCAAUCGUAACCACAAAUCCUCCAUUUUAUAUAUACGGUAAAGACUGACUACCUGCCACCAAUCCCUUUACUCCUCCUUCACCACCUAAGAAGGCGGCACACCACUUGGCAUAGCCCCACCACCAGUGCUAUUCCCGCCGGGUCCUCCGCUGCCUGAUGAAGAAUCCUCGACACCGCCCUCAGCAUACAAACUGGCAGCAGGAGUAACUGUAAACUCAUUCGUCAAAUCAAUACCAAAAGCAACCCAUCCAAAAAUACCACUGCUAACAUCGUCACCAAGAAGCGAGUAUUCUACAACUGGGUCGGAGCUUGCAGCUUCCUCGGAGAAUAUCGAGUCAUCCGCAUUUUCUGUUGCGGUCUGGGUGUUGGUGCUGUAUGGAGAAGUAGCUUCAACUUGCGUAAUCAAGUCUUGAUCAAAGAACAGCUGGCCC